UAUUACUAUAGAACAGCUAGCGGCACCUGAACUACUUCCCUCACUCUCAACACAUUCCACCAGUUAAGUAAGCAAUGAAUUACCACCAUAUUUCUCACGAGUCUCACCUCCCAGCUUCAGGCCAUCCAAUUUCAUAUACUAGUCCGCCGCAAGGCUUUCUACCACCACCGCCGGGAUAUCAAGGGUACUUCUAUGAAGGGUACCCUCCAUCUCAACCCGGUCUAGCCCCUUCCCAACCCUAUCAUCUUGAGCAUUAUAAUGAUCAUGACUCCGGCUGCUCUUCAAUUCUAAGAGGCUGUUUAGCUGCACUUUGUUGCUUCUGUGUGUUGGAGGAGUGCUGCCUCUAGGCCAUUUCGGUGUUUCUGAACAUAUAUACAGCAAUGGUAUGUGUUGAUUCUACUUUAGUAUAAAUUAAGGUGGAAAGAGACAACUCUGCUCUUGAUUUAAUUUGUUAUUCUAAUGCACUGCAAACUCCCAUCAGUGAAAUUUUAUAAUUACUUGAUCUAUUUCUUACGUUUA